AUCAGUUCGAAAAAGCGUCUCGAGCGAGAAAAAUGUCGCCAGCUUCGCGUUUGUCGGUACUCGCUUUCCUCUGCGUUUGCCUCGUGGACCAGGGCUCCUGCAGGUACUCGUCGUACCAUCGUCCCAGUUUCCACGGACAGACUUACACCCCGCACAACAGCCAAUAUGGUAGACCGAAUUCGGGCAGCGGCCCCAACGUCGAGAAAGCCGAUUCCACCGUUAUUUUAACGCAUGUGGUCUUCAGGCAUGGAAACAGAACCGCCCAACUCAGUGAAAUCUAUCCUAGAGAUCCCUAUUACAAUUUCGAUUACUUUCCAUUCGGACGAGGCCAAUUGACCAAUGUGGGAAAAAUGCGAGAAUACAACGUGGGCAGAGAGCUGCGAACGCGUUACGACAAGUUCUUGGGCGACGACUUUCUAUCCAGAAAUCCGCUGGCUGGACUGUUUCCACCCAGGAGCGACAACGUUUGGAACACUGCUCUCAAUUGGCAACCAGUGCCCUAUAAUUUCCUUCCUGCUGACAGAGAUCCGGUCCUGAUCGGUCUGAAUUGCCCGAAUUACGUGAGAAAGUACGACAGCGUCGUAAGGUCCAGGAAAUGGCAGAGCGAAUUCAACAAGGACAAGAAUGUCUUCGCUUACAUAUCGAAGAAUUCCGGCUUGAACGUGACCACUUACGAACAGAUAUACAAUUUGUAUUUCGGAUUAUCGACUGAAGAAGAAUGGGGCCACAAAUUGCCCAAAUGGACCGAAGCCGUUUGGCCCAAAAUCGUCACAGAUUUGGCCAUCAAGCAUUAUUACGUACAAACGUCCACUUCACAAUUGUUAAGCUUGUGCGAAGGUUACCAUUUAAAGAAAAUCAUAGAAGAUACUAAAAGGGUAGUGAGAAGUGCCAGUGUAGCGAAUGGCCCGAAAAUGUACCUUUACUCGGGUCACGAGAACAACGUUGCUGAAAUGUUGAUUCUUUUAAAUGUUUUCAGUCCCCCGCACAUACCCACGUACGGAUCUUACCUUAUUUUUGAGGUACACAAUAUAAAUAACGUCGUUGGAAUUAAGUUGUAUUAUCAACGUUACGUGACGGAGAGCCCAGUGUUACUGAAAAUUCCAGCUUGCGAUGAGUUCUGUCCUUUGGAUAGAUUCGAACAGUUAUUCGAAGAAUAUCUCCCUGUUACCGAAGACUAUUGUUAUCAAAAUUAACAAUUAAAAUAGUUAUUAAGUAAUAUAAUUUAUUAGUUAAUUAGGUAUAC